AUGUCCAAAGUCAUCCGCAGUGUCAAAAAUGUGACCAAGGGCUACUCAAGUGUCCAAGUCAAAGUCCGAGAAGCCACCAGUAAUGAUCCAUGGGGUCCGACGGGCACUCAGAUGAGUGAAAUCGCUCAGCUGACAUACAACACAUCGACCGAGUUUUACGAGAUCAUGGAUAUGCUAGACAAACGUCUCAACGACAAGGGCAAGAAUUGGCGACACGUUUUGAAAGCCCUGAAGGUGCUUGACUAUUGCCUGCAUGAAGGGUCUGAGCUUGUCGUUACGUGGGCGAGACAAAGCAUCUAUAUUAUUAAGACACUGCGCGAGUUCCAGUACAUUGAUGAAGACGGCAGAGAUGUUGGCCAAAACGUCCGUGUUGCUGCAAAGGAACUGACCGCGCUCAUCCUGGACGAAGAACGGCUACGGGCUGAGAGAAGUGACCGCAAGUCAUGGAAAUCUCGCGUCACCGGCCUUGAGGAGUUCGCACCUCAGCAGAUGGGACCCACGCAGCCGCGGCCUCGUCGUCGUCAAAGCAAUGAGGACGACACGGAGUACAGGCUCGCCAUUGAGGCCAGUAAGCACCAGGAGGAGGAGGAUCGUAGAAAACGCGCGAGCCGCGCUGCGAACGAAGCCGAGGACGAUGACCUUGCCAAGGCUAUCAAGCUUAGCAAAGAAGAGGACGAACGACGUCGGCGAGAGAUGGAGGACAGCAACGCGUCUUUGCUAUUCGACGACACACCGACGCAAUCGACGCAGCCGCAGUACACUGGGUUCAACCAAGGUUAUCAGCAGGGCAGCGCUGUUGAUUUCUUUGCCAAUCCCAUCGAUCAAAGUCAGUUGCAGCCGCAGCCCACAGGCUUCAUGCCGAAUGCCUAUACGGGCUACCAGCAACCGCAAGCGACUGGAUUCCAGAACGGUUACGGCGGCGGCUUCGGAAUGCCACAACAGGGCAUGAAUAUGGACCCUUACGGGCAACAACAGAGUAUGCAGGGGUUCCAGCCUCAGCCGACAGGCUACAACCCGUACGCCCAAUCACAAGUUCAAAGCCCUGCUCCUCAAGAGCCUGUCGCACAACCAGGAAGCAACAACCCUUGGUCGACAGGCACCAUGAAGGCGGGGAACCCCAUGAAGCCUAUGCAAACAGGGUCGAACAAUCCAUUCGCAUCGUCAUUUGGUCGCCCGCAGCCUCAAAGUCAGCCUCCCAUGCCAGCGAUGCCAUCUCUUGGCAGUCUUCCGGAACAAAAGACACUCUCGACGUUCAACCAGCCGAACCAGGGAUCUGCUGCCUUUGGCGCUCCGCAGAAGGAGUUGACGGAGCAUGAGGCGAAGUUGAAUGCACUGCUUGCUGGUGGUGAUGGCAUGGAUACAUUCGGCAACACGGGUCAGACGCGUAUCCCAGCACAACACACAGCGCCUGGGACAUUCGUCAAUAGUGCUGGAGCAGGUGCCAAUCGCCUGACAGCGGAAGCGACGGGAAGCAAUCCAUUCCUUCGAUCCCAGUUUACCGGUAUGCCCAAUAUAUCAUAUGGCGCUCAGAUGCCUGCUGCGACAGGACCGGCGGGAAUUAAUGGUAGCAACAAUCCUUUUGCAGCGACUCGGCCGCAACAGCAGAACACCCAGGCGCAAGACCUCAUACAAUUUUAG